CGAAUCGACCUGAUUAGACUGGCGAGUGGCACCGGCACAUGACGUUUCUUGUGGUUGACGUUGACACAGACGCCCAAGCAGCGAUGGCAACCUCACUUUGGAAUUGCCCGCGCUCAGCACAAGCUCUUUAAACUCAUUUAACAGAUCGACAUGGGUCUUUUACCUCCUCGUAAGAAGUCGAACCUGCUCUUCAAGCCUCGUACUAGUGCAAGCAAGAGCCCCAAAGAGGACUCGCUCAAUGCGACGCCUUUGCCAUAUGAAGCCCAGAAACUCAAGCUGAAGAUCUUGAACGCCCACCCAGAGCCGCUAAUGCGCUUCAGUAUGAGUCGCAUGCGUCAUAUUGUAUCGCAACCACCAGUGGAAAUUCCUGCUGAUCUUCGCAAGAAAAACCUCGUGUCCAGCCGCGUGUCAGGUCACAACGUACCGCUCACUCGAAAGAUGUGGGACUACCAGAUGAAGCAGUACAAGAAAGGCAAGCUCGACAUCAUCGGAGAAGGCAUCUACUACGGUUGACAAAGCUGGGUGACUGAAAUCCAACUUUAAUGAUGAUUAAGAGUGACGUGAAUACCAUUCACACCCCUCGAGCUGUAGACUAGUACGUAUACUGAAGAACAAAAUAUACUGAUUGAAGCUAUUGAUUGUGG